AUGUCCAGAAUCAUGGCUCUCUUCCUCAUGGUCCUCCAGGUUCUACUGGGCCACUUCACCAUUGCCACCGCAGUCCCUACCAAUGAUAUGGCGAUUCCCAUGACGGCCGAUGGAGGCUACCCGGAGCUCAUCCUAGGUCCUGGUAUGCCAACCUUGGCAUCGAUCAAUCUCACCACUGCGGACCUAUACACCAUGAAGCCAAAGGGAUCCCCUGGACACCUUGAUUUGCUGCAAGUCCGAGCUGACGCUGGUGUAUCAUCCGCCGCCUGGGGACCGUCAUGCGGCAUCUACAACCUAUGUCCCGUUUGGGCCGUCCAAGUCUUUAUCAACUACUUCUACGCCUUUGCACCACACGUCUACUGCACUGCUAGUACUCGUGAUUAUAGAGGCCAACUAAUGGUUCAAAAUGGCUAUGGGGAAGUCAUGGGUAUUAAUCUUUCAACCGAUUCUGAUGUUGUUUAUUCACCUUGCCACAACGUUGCCAACGCUCUAGAGAGGAUUUUUGCUACAUGCAAACUUGAUCCUGACUUUCAGCGGCAUCCCGAGGGAAUUUAUGGUGCAAUUACUGCAACCGGGAAUGGAGGCCUCGGUUUGCUUAUGCAUGGUAUGGAUGUUUAA